AAUGACCUUCACGUUUCAACCAGAGGACUUAAAACAUGACUCUAGUAAAAAAACAUCUCACCAACACUUGUUCCCCUUGGCCAUGGAGGAAGAUGUGAAAACAGCAGACACCAAAAAGGUCAACCGAGCUCUUGACCAUGAAAAAGAAAAUACUCGCUCCAUCUGUCUUCUUGAGCAAAAACGAAAAGUUGUUUCUUCCAAUAUUGAUGUACCUCCAGCAAGGAAGUCUUCAGAGGAACUGGACAUGGACAAGGUGACAGCCGCAAUGGUACUAACCAGCUUAUCUACCAGCCCAUUGGUCCGAAGCCCUCCCGUGCGGCAAAAUGAAGGGCUCGGCGGAUCCUGGAAGGAGGCCGGAGGCGUCCCUUCAAGCACCAGCAGCAGCGGCUACUGGAGCUGGAGCGCCCCCAGCGAUCAGUCCAACCCGUCCACGCCAUCCCCACCGCUGUCGGCGGACAGCUUCAAGCCCUUCCGCAGCCUGGCGCCGGCCGACGACGGCAUCGACGAGGCAGAGGCCAGCAACCUUCUCUUUGACGAGCCCAUUCCCAGGAAAAGAAAGAACUCCAUGAAGGUGAUGUUUAAAUGCCUCUGGAAAAACUGUGGGAAGGUGCUGAGCACCGCAGCCGGUAUCCAGAAACACAUCCGGACCAUUCACCUUGGGCGUGUUGGGGACUCUGACUACAGCGAUGGCGAAGAGGACUUCUACUACACUGAGAUCAAGCUCAACACAGACUCAGUAGCAGACGGACUGAGCAGCCUGGCCCCAGUUUCCCCCUCCCAGUCCCUGGCUUCGCCUCCUACUUUCCCCAUCCCAGAUUCAAGCCGAGCAGAAACAAUUUGUGCCAAAACUGAGACUAAAUUGAUGACGCCCUUGAGCCGGUCAGCUCCCACCACCCUCUACCUCGUGCACACCGACCAUGCUUACCAGGCCACACCCCCAGUGACCAUCCCUGGGUCUGCCAAGUUCACCCCCAAUGGCAGCAGCUUCAGCAUUUCUUGGCAGUCUCCUCCAGUUACCUUCACAGGCAUUCCAGUGUCACCAACACAUAAUCACUCGGUGGGCCCCGGCGAGCAGAGACAGCACACCCACACAGUCCUGUCCUCGCCACCCAGAGGGACGGUCAGCCUGAGGAAGCCCAGGGGAGAGGGCAAGAAGUGCCGGAAGGUCUAUGGCAUGGAGAAUCGAGACAUGUGGUGCACCGCCUGCCGCUGGAAGAAGGCCUGCCAGAGGUUUAUCGACUGAGAGGCCCCCGCGGGCAGAGGGCCACGCCCCGUCACUCCUGUCUGCACCUUCCACUGCAGGGUUUGGAACGAGCUUUCCCUUCUGAGCAAGGUAACACUUGAAACCCCAGGAAAAGCACUCCCAGGAACCUUGGUGGAAUUACAGCAAAAAUAAAGGCUGCUGCCCUCACUUCUCUCACUGCGAAUCCAACCUAGAGCAGCUAUAACUCAUUUUUUUUCCUUGAAAAUUAAGUCAACGUUUUUUGCUGUAUGUCUAGAUCUGAAAACUGGAUUUCUGUAGCAACUGAACCAAUAAAGCCCAUUUUACGUAGAAAGGAGACAUAUUUUGAUAAACUUUCU